AUGACUGCUGAUCACUUGAUUAACACAAACCGCUCCGCCACUAUUUCCAUAGUACCGAGCUGGGGGACAAAUUGUUGGGGUCGAAUCUCCCCCUGGAGACAACCAGUCACAAAAUGGCUAAGUAUGAUAAUCAUGGUCAAAAUGGAGCCGAUGUGGCAAGCAUGGGAGCCAAAGUCGACGGGUGUCGCAGAACGGAAGUCGACGGGUGAUGCGGUACCGAAGUCGACGGAUGACGCAGAGCCGAAGUCGACGGGUGAUGCGGUACCGAAGUCGACGGAUGACGCGGAGCCGAAGUCGACGGAUGACGUGGAGCCGAAGUCGACGGGUGACGCGGAGCCGAAGUCGACGGGUGACGCGGAGCCGAAGUCGAUGGGUGAUGCGGAGCCGAAAUCGUUGGGUGAUGGUGCCGAUGUCGUGAUGUGGUUCCGAUGUCCCGAUGUGGUUCCGAUGGGAAGGAGCGAUGGUACCGAUGACAAGAAAUGA